CAUUGUCCCAAUUCUUAUCAGUCACACAGACGGCUAUUCCCUUGUUAAUCGCUGACUCUGCAUUGCGGUGUUGAUUAAGCUAAUGGCUCCGAUCGCAGCUGGAGAUACUCUUCCUGAUGGAACUCUUGCUUACUUUGACGAGCAAGAUCAGCUGCAACAAGUCUCUAUCCACUCUCUCGCCGCUGGUAAAAAAGUAGUCAUUGUCGGUGUUCCCGGAGCAUUCACUCCUACUUGCAGCUUGAAGCAUGUCCCCGGUUUUAUCGAGAAAGCUGAGGAGCUGAAAUCUAAGGGAGUUGCUGAAAUUCUUUGCCUCAGCGUUAAUGACCCCUUUGUAAUGAAGGCAUGGGCCAAAACUUACCCGGAGAACAAGCAUGUGAAGUUCCUUGCUGAUGGCUCUGCAACAUACACCCAUGCUCUUGGCCUUGAGCUUGACUUGAAAGAGAAGGGACUAGGAACUCGAUCUAGGAGAUUUGCUCUCUUGGUUGAUGACCUUAAGGUGAAGGCUGCCAAUCUUGAAGAAGGUGGCGAGUUUACAGUAUCCAGUGUUGAUGAAAUCUUGAAGGCUCUUUAAAUUACACCAGUAAUGUUGUUUGUCUUUCUAGUAUGCUGUUUGUAAUGCAAUGUAAUCGGCCCUGGAUAGCGUAAUGGAUCCAAGAAAUCAUACCUGUUUUCUUUGAGGACAUUAUGUGAUGUGUGAAGGUUAUGGUAAUGGUAAUAAUAAAGGAGCUGUUGCUUGUUUCGGAUGCAAAA